ACAUGGAUCCACGCACACACAUCUAUUUGCAUGUAAUCCACCACCGCCACCACCUCACAUCUUCAAGCCCCUUUGUGUAUAGAUAUAAAGCCCACCACAAAUUUUUCAAGCACUUAGACUUCUCUUCCCUUCCUCUACCCUCUCUUCUAAUGGCUCAGCAGAAGGUGGUGUUAAAGGUCUUGACCAUGACUGAUGAUAAGACAAAGAAGAAAGCAAUAGAAGCCGCUGCUGAUAUUUUUGGAGUUGAUUCCAUAGCAGUGGAUCUCAAAGAUCAGAAGCUAACAGUGAUAGGUCUGAUGGAUACAGUGGCAGUGGUGAAGAAGCUGAAGAAAGUAGGGAAAGUGGACAUAGUUUCAGUUGGACCUGCUAAAGAAGAGAAGAAGGAAGAGAAGAAAGAAGAGAAAAAAGAGGAGGAGAAGAAAGAGGAGAAGAAGGAAGAAAAGAAGGAAGAAAAUAAGGAAGAAAAGAAAGAGGAGGAGAAGAAGUAAUCAAUUAAACCAAGAAUUAUUCACCCCCGGCCCCUCUCUUCCUCCUCCUUCUUGCCUUGAGUUAUAAGCUUAAUUAUUCUAAACAGAGCUAAAUACAUGUUGUAAUAAGCUUUUGAGAGAGAAGCUUUGCCCAUGAAAAAGAACCCUUCUAGAAUCCAUAUAUCUACAAAAGUGGAGCUUUGAAUUGCACAAGGAAAUAGUUUGCUUGCUUGUUUUUCAUACCAUGUCUUCACUUGCUGAAUUGUGUAGCACUUAAUUACUGGCUAGGAGCCAAGCAGAAGGGUUUUCCUCUCUUUAUAUUA